CAUCCAAGGUUAAGUGAUGAAGGUUGAGGUUAGGAAAAACUUCCAUUUGUGAUGCAAUGUUAUAAAAAUUAUUUCUUACAUAAUUUUAUGAGUUUACCAAUCGAAAUAUUUAAUACAGAGCAAUGGCGAACUCUCAACCAAUCUACGAAUACAAGGAUGAAUCUCAAGCUGACAGAUUAGCAAGGAAAUCUAAGGAUUCACCAUUUAUGAUAAUGGGCAUAAUGGGGUUAAUUGGUGUGUGCGGCUGGGGAGCUUACUCAUUCAAGAAAAAAGGGAAAAUGAGCACCAGUGUCUUUCUAAUGCAGUUGAGAGUAGCUGCUCAAGGCACAGUGGUGUCCUGCCUCACAAUUGGGCUCGCUUACACUCUGGCCAAAAAUCAUCUUUUUAAAGAUGAUAAAAAAGAAUAAUGACCAUACCACCACACCUUUAGGCAAAUUUUAUGAAAGCAAGUGUAAAGGGUACAUGUUUAACAUCUUACUGUGUUAAAUGUACUGUUUAAUAACUUGUACUGAACAUAGGACUUGUUUAAAAACAUUCUGUCAAUGUUAUCUUGUGCAUUGUCUUUGUAUAUUAUAGUUGUUAUUAACACUGAAAUGGUAAAUAUUUCACAGGUAGAUAGAUAGAUAGAUAGAUAUUUAUUUGCAUAAAAUGUAGAAAUUAUUUCUCACUCAUGUUGGAGUCUAUGUUAUGAAGGAUGUUAUUUACAAUGAUUUCAUGGUAUUUUAUAAGCUUAAAAUUAUUAGGUAGGUAUUUAUUUUAUUUUCUGUGAUGUUCAUUUAUUUCAUGAAUCAAUUUUCCAUGCCAUGAGUAGGUAAAAUUUUAAAACAAGAAUCUAUUCAAAUCUCAAGCUAGAUUUAAAAACCUGCCCAUUGUUUAAACAUUUUAAACAACCCAUUUUUAUAAAAAUAGUAAUUAAAAAUCUCAUAAUAUAUCAAUAUUACAAAAGAUAAGCACAAGAUCUGAAUAUCAUUAACAAGUAGACUAUAAGUUGAUGUCUUGUAUUAUGUUGUGAUAAUGUGUACAUUCAUUUGUAUUUAAGUUAUAGCUAAUUUAUUGUUUUUAAAAAGAAAAAUAAUAAAUGUUGAAAGAGAAAAGAAAAUUUAAUUUGACUCA